AUGGCUCAGAGUAACUUCGACCGCAGGAGAAUCAAUGGCCCCGAGGAGAGUUUUCCUCCUGUCUUUGCAGAUGAGGAGACACCCGUGAAGCUAGGUGUACCGCGCAAUGGCCGGACGGCCAAGGAUAUCAGGCCAAUCUCUAAUGGCAGAGCAGUCUUGAAGCCUGGCUUGAUUAAUCAAGCAAAUGGUUCAGCAUACAUCGAGACAGAGAAGGCAAAGAUUGCAUGUGCAGUGUACGGUCCCAGACAGUCGCGGAGCACGACCUAUAGCGAGAAGGGGCGACUGAACGUUGAGGUAAAAUUCACACCAUUUUCAUGCCAAAGAAGAAGAGCCCCCAUGCGUGAUGCCGAGGACCGAUCUGUAGCCGUGCAAAUCCACCAAGCGCUGCUCUCUUCUGUGAGACUAGAACUCCUGCCAAAGUCUACGAUAGACAUCUUCAUAAUUGUCAUUGAGAACGACGGUAUUGAAGGAUGUGUUGCGUCAGGGUCUGUUGCUGCAAGUGCUGCUCUUGCAGAUGCUGGAAUCGACAUGCUGGGGCUCGUUGUGUCAUGCUCAGCUUGCAUCAUUAGCAAGGAGAUCUGGUUAGACCCCACUGAAGAAGAGGCAAAACAGGCAACGGGCACCCUGGUAUACGCCAGUAUGCCAGCCCUUGAUACUGUCACAAAUAUCUGGCAAACAGGAAAAAUGACUGUGCAAGGAGCUUUCCAAUGUAUGGAGGCGUGCCGGGAGCGAUGUACAGAUAUUCACCUUGUAGUCGCACAAACUCUGCUCGACAAUACGCCGAGCAGCUGA